AUGUUUCGAAAACCCAAAGUGAAGGGAACGGUGCGUAAGCGAACCGACGGUUGGGACGACAACCAAGAGCAAGACGUAGAAACGCCGGUACCAAAACCACCAGCUCUUCUUAGUUUUGACAACGAUGAAGGAGCCGACGCCGAUUUUGUUUUAAAAAAGAACAAGAAGAAAGUGAAGGAGCUCAAGAGAAUCCAGAAGCUAGAAGAAGAAGCAGAAAAGGAACGAAUUCGAGAAGAGGAAGAACGAAAGAAAGAACUGGAACGAGAGAAAGAGAAGAAGAAGAAAAGUCGCGAGAAGGAGCGUGAGAAAGAACGUAGAGAUGCCAAGAGUCGCUAUCUUGAUAAGUACAGGGAUUGUUCCAGCAAGGUGUCAUCCUUGGUCAUCGAAUACUUUCCAGCAGAGAUUCCCGAUUCUCGUGCUGUUUAUGAGGCGAAGAAAAGGCGUGAACGGUUGGUUAUCGGAAACUUUUCAUCUUUAACACUCAAACAUAAAAAAGGAACACGGGCAAGAUUGAUCAGAGAAGAUGAAAACGAUGAUUCCGAUGAAGAGACGCCAAAGUUUUAUUCGAAGAAGGAUAUGCUUCGGGAUGAAGAGCAACGGCGAAGAGAGGAACAAGGUCAUUUCCUCGAACAAGAACAAGGAGAUGAAAGAGACGCUGAUGAAGAGGCUGAUGAAUGGGAAAAACAGCAGAUUCUCAAGGCAGUCAGCCGCCACACGGUAUAUUCACACGUAUCUCAUUUUAUGAGGUGUCAAUUCCUUUUUGAUUUUAGUUUUUUAUGCUGUGUUGAUUUUUUCUAUAAACUUAUUUCAUUGAUCAGAAUAAAUUUUUUGGUAAAUCGUAAUUAUUUUCCAUUAAGCAUUACCGAAAGGGAAGAGAGGCUAAAUGCCAGGCAGCAUGAAGUUGAAAAGAUUGAGAACACUCUUCAAGAGAACAAGGCUACGAUUGCUAAGAUAGAGAGCGAUAUGCCAGUCUUAGCCAGCAAGUACACGAUGUAUCAAGAGCUACGAAUUUAUUGCCGCAGUCUCCUGAAUUGUCUUAACGAAAAAGUAUGUGACACGACUUUUCUGCUGCUUUCCGUUGAAACUAAUUCAUAUUUAGGUUCUUAUGCGAUGUGGUUCAGAGCUAGAAGACGACGUGAGCGAGAAGGUACACUUGCGGGUGUUUCUCAUGAAGAGGGCCUAAGCAGUGACGACGAUGAGCCGACCAGCCAACAACUUGCUGAUCAACAAGCGGCAGCUGAAAUCGAUACCGCCCUUAAUAUGGUGUUCGUGGACGCGCUUGACGACUACUCCCAUCUUCGAAAAGUUCUGAACAGAAUGGUGGACUGGUUUGCUGUGGAUGGAACUACGUUCCAAGAUGCGUACAUAUCAUUAUGUAUUCCGAAAUUGGCUUCUCCUUACGUUAGAAUUGAACUUAUCACAGCAGACAUUUUGAAUAGAGACGACUUUAUUUUGUCCGCAAUGCCGUGGUACACGGAUUGCAUCAGAGCCAUUCAGGAGAACAACGAUGUUGAUCAAAACCACGAGGUUCUUACGGGAAUAAUUCCAUCAAUAAUUGAUAAAGUUGUCCUUCCUUUUCUCACAGAUGUGGUUAAUGUUGAAUGGGAACCGAUGUCUCUGAAGCAGUCCAAGCGACUUGGAGCAGUUCUCAGCGGUUUAUCUGAUUAUCCGAAGAUGAACAUUGAUGACAGCAAGUCGUUCGCUAUCCUAGCAACUGCUGUAAAGACAAAAAUCGCAUCUGCGAUCGAUGACGAUUUGAUGUGCUGCUUUUUUGGACAGGCAAUACUGGUCAGCCAUCAAGGUGUGCAGUGGUUUUUUUUUUCUAUUCAGAAACUCAUCAGAGGUCUACGAUCAUUCUCGUCUUUCCUUAAUCCGGCCACACGAUUUGAGCUUAUGUUGGACGGUGUUAUUAACCGGGUUUGCGUAGUAGCGUUAGAAACGGGACUGUUGGAUGAUAUCACAUGUGAGCGGAAAGUUAAAGCUCUGAUAGCUGAAAUUCCUGAUGAGAUGAUCGAAUCAGCCAAGCCGGAUUCCCUCAGAAAUCUUAUACGAUGUUUGGGACGGGUUGUAGAAGAGCAGAAAGCAGCCGGAAGAUCCAGUUAUCGUGAUGUACGAAAAUAUCUAGAGAAAUUACAAAAGAAAGCCGACGAAAGUGCUAAACAGAGUUAA